CUACAGAAACAAAACUGGCAGAGCACUGUCUGUGCAGGUUCACUCUGAGCUGCACCUCAGGAGGAGGAGAAGGUGGCUGCAGGAUCCUCACACAAGGAAUACAUGCGAGACAUCUCGUGGCUCUUACUAAACAACACAGGAUGAAGGAGAUAAUCUUCUUAUUGCUUCUAUCGCACUUGCAGAGUGGCAGCCUGGGAUCUGCUACCACUGGCAAGCCCUGGCCCACAGCUAGGGAUGGUGAAACCCAAUCAAGCCACGCAGACUUGACUUCACCUCCUACUGCAACGCACAGCCUCAGAAACCUAGUGGCAACCCCUGUAUCCACCCCUUCUGAGAUCCAAACAGCUGCAGCAAGUACAUCAUGGGAACUUGCUGUGAAAAUCACCCCUGCAUUCACUGAAGAGGCUCAGGGAUUGGAAACCCUGCCAGGGACCCAAGAGAAGAAAACCUCCACCCCUACAACACAGUCCAGUGGAAACAGCAAUCGUGAUGGUGCUAAUGCUAAGCAAGGAGCCCUAUCCAACAGCAUGGGGAGCUUUCCACAGAGCACUCCUAGAAAGAUGCCUCCCCAACAAGGGGCUGUUAAAAGCCAGCAAAGAACAGGGAGCAGAUCUCCCAGGCUGUCGUACUACAGCGCUGCCAGCACCAGCACUAAGAAGGAUGCUGACUUCAAAAAAUCCGGUUUUGAAACUACCCGGGGAAAGAACUGGUGUGCUUAUGUCCACACCAGACUCUCACCUACCGUCGUAGUGGACAACAUGGAAACCUUGACAUCAGGCAAAGCAAAGCCAUGUUCCUGGGCUAUUGGAUCCUGUACUGUGAGAUCCCAGAUGAUGACCCGCCAAGCCUACAGAAUCAAACAUAAAAUUGUGACAUCACUGGAGUGGAAGUGCUGCCCUGGGUACAGUGGAGAAAAGUGUCAACCCAAAGACCAACAACAUCAAUUGCUUAUACAUAGCAACCAAGCUGAGAGCAACACAGCUAUCAAUGCAGAGACACGGGGAAACCAGCAGGACCCCAAUGACCCAGCACUUGCACAAAAAAUGAAUGAGCAGAUUAGCAGCCAGGAGAUGAAACUGACUUUUCUACAGAAGAAGGUUGACAACAUUUCUGCUACCAUGAGUGAUGUGAGCAAGACACUUUCCUCUCUGGAAGGCAAAAUCAAUGAAGAUAAGGGCAGAGACUUCCAGUCUUUCCUAAAAGGUCUCAAGUCUAAAAGUAUCAAUGAAAUAGUGAAAGAUCUUAUCAGAGAGCAGUUUAAAGUCUACCAAAGCGAUAUACAAGAAACAGUGGCCCAAAUUUUCAAGACUGUGUCGAGUUUAUCAGAGGAUCUUGAGAGCACAAAAGAAUUAGUCAAACAGCUGAAUGAGACCCAGCAAAAGUAUGCCCAGGAGAAAGAAGACAGGCCAACAAAGAAUGAAAUCCUGGAGCUGAAGAAUGAUCUGGUACAGAUGAAAGAGGAGAUGGGCCUUGCUUAUGACAAGCCCAUCAAAGAACUAGAGGCAAAGCAGAAAUCCUUGGAAACUGACUUGGAGCAUGAGCAGACAAGAAGCACCAUUUACUAUGAAUCUCUGAGUAAGACUCUUACAGAAAUGAAAGAAGUCCAUGAGCAACUGUUAUCAGCUGAACGGAUGUCAGACCAAAAUGUCCCUCCAAUAGAUAAAGCAGUGGAUGAUAAUAUUACAGAAUAUAUUCUCACUCUACAUGAGAAAGUGAAGAAACAUGGCCUAAUGGUGCUGCAGCUGCAUGACGACUUAAGAGAACAAGAUAUCAAGAUCAGCAAUCUUACUGUUACAUUAGAGAUUCAGAGAGAUUCUGUUCAUACAGUAUGUGAAGACAUCUUGUCAAAGUGCAGGAAUGAUUUCCAAACAAAGCUAAAGGGCACAGAAGAGAACGUGCAUUUCUUAAACAAAACCCUAGCUGCUGUCGUCUUUCCAUUGGACAAUAAAAUGGACAAAAUGAAUGAGCAAAUUAAUGAUUUGUGUUAUGAUAUGGAGAUCCUUCAACCCUUGAUUGAGCAGGGGCCACCAUUUAGUCUGACAGCAGAGUAUGAACAGCAAAUUGAAGUGGAAGCAAUCAGCAGGACAUUGGAAAACCUAACCACUGUUGUUAAUAGUCUGCGUUCCACCGUCCAAGAACUUGUCAAAAGCCAGGAGAGGCUUAAAAGCGAGGCUCAAACUCGAGAUGAAGUCUUUGAGAGCCGUAUUAAUGAAUGCCUCAUGGACCUAGAAGAUGGCUUAAAUAAGACCAUGACAGUUUUAAACAACGCUGUUGAUUCCAUUCAGGAUAACUACGUUCUGAAAGAUACUCUAAAUGUCCUGCAAAAUAAGACCGAGGCCUGCUGUGGUGGUGCUGAGAAGAUGGACAGCAUGUUGGCAUUUAUUCCCCAGUUCCAACUGUUGAAUGAGUCCCUUCAGACACUGGUCAAUGACAAGCAAAGGCACCAAUAUGCUUCAAAAGUAAUUCAGGACCUUUCCAAUUUUUCAUAUGAAGAGCAUGCGAAAAUAAGCCUCCCUGACCUCAGAAAAGUUUACCACAUUUUAAAUGAAACAUCAUCCAAAAUGGCCGAGCACCAACAAGACAUCAGUCACCUAGAAGAAAAGCUGUUACACUCUACAGAGGUAUCAAAAGAUCAAGAAGUUCGCCUACAGAGCAUUGAGUCGAAUAUAACCAAGGUUUUGGUGAAUAAUUGUGUUUCACUAAAAAAAGGCAAAGUUGUUUCAACAGAACAAGAACAAAUGGUCUCUUCCAAGAUUCAGACACUGAGUUCCAGAGUCAAGGCACUGGAAGCAAAGUCUGUCCGUUUCUCAGUUAAUAUCCCCCAUUUAAACAAGACUGCUUAUGAGGCUUGGGGGCUGUGUCAGGAUGCCUCAGCCAGCAUUCGAAAAGUGAAUGCUAGUAUACCCCAGUUAAUUAAACUUGUUCAACCUGAUAUCCCACUGCUGCAGAGAGGCCUAAAAGAGCUCAUAGAGUCUGUGUUAGAUAUAAAAACAGGGACUAUCCUGUCUAAUUUAACCUGGUAUGUGGACAAAUCCAUGGCUGACGCUCUGAGCAAUAUUACCAAACUCCAGAAACAGAUGAAACAGGCUGUAAAGAAACCAGCUAUGGUGAAAAAAGGGACAGUGAAUGCCACCACAAGUGUGGCAGGCCGAAGUCAGAGAAACACAGACAACGCUAUAGAACCAGGUGAGUAUUUGGGCUGUACUACCUCCCCCUGCCAGAACGGAGGAACCUGCAUCAAUGAAAAGCAGAGUUUUAUUUGUGCUUGUCGCCACCCCUUUGGAGGAGUCAACUGCAGUAUGAAGUUGAUAGAUGAAAAUUCUGUGACUGUAGAUUUUUCCAAAGGAUCUUACAGAUAUGCACCUAUGGUGGCUUUCUUUGCCUCUCACACCUAUGGGAUGACGACUCCUGGCCCCAUCAGAUUUAAUAAUCUGGAUGUGAACUAUGGAUCUUCCUAUGUUCCAGCAAGUGGCAGGUUCCGUGUUCCAUAUCUCGGGGUGUAUAUUUUCGAAUACACCAUUGCAUCAUUCAGUCCUCGCGUCUCUGGCUAUUUAGUGGUUGACGGAAUAGACAAGCUUGCUUUCCAGUCUGAAAAUGUCAACGGUAACAAGUACAUUGACAGGGUAAUAACUGGGCAUGCUUUACUGGAGUUAAACUACGGUCAAGAAGUCUGGCUGAGACUGGCAAGUGGCUCCAUCCCAGCCAAGUAUCCACCUGUCACUACAUUUACUGGUUACUUGUUGUAUCGUACAUAAGUCAGCCAUAAAUGCAAAAUACCACCUUUGAAUGAAGCCGCCUACAGAGUUAUUUAUCUGUACCUUGAAUUUUCUCCUCUCCUGCAAGGUAAAUUCCAUUGCAUGACACAGAGUUUCUCUAAGAAAGAUACUCCCAUCCUGCAGGACAGGUGAAAUUUCAGGAGUCCAGGGGCCUGAUUCUCCACAACCUUGUUCCUUGUAUAACCAUUUACACCUGUGACAAGAGAGUCCACAGGGACUGUAAUAUGAAAAAAAUCACCAUCAUAAGUGAGUAGAGAAUUCUGAUCUGGUCAUGUUUUGUGCUCACCUUGAACAGGUAAGGGUGCUUUUACAAGGCAGUGGAGAAUCAGCCACCAGGUCUGGAUAUGGUGGGUCAAAUUUUGACGUUAUUUUCCCAGUGCAACCUGCUUUACUCCAGAGGUGUUGCAUAGAUUUUGCAGCUCAGAAUUUGGGCUCCGCUUUCGCUUAUAGCAUCAAGUGAAAACUAUGUAUAUUUCCUUUUUUGCUUUAUAUGAUUUGUGAAUAUCUUUGUAUUUUAAAGAUAUAUUUACUUCAUAAUUUUGUACAUGGUCUUGUAUGUAAACAAUAUGGUAGCCAAUAGCUCUUUUCUAGAAAAAGGUAUAACAAGAUCUAAUGGUUGGAAACUGAUGCUAGAUAAAUUCAGAGAAGAAAUAAGGUGCAGCAUUUUAACAGUGAGGGUAAUUGACUAUUGGAAGAACUUAGCUAGGGAAUUGGUAGAUUUUCCAUCACUGAGCCUUUAAAUCAGGACUGGAUAUCUUUUAAAAAUAUAUUCUAUAUUGUAUUAUAUAUGCUCAGACAAGUUAUGGGCUUGAUACACAAAUUAUUGCAUAAGGUUCUUUGUCCUGAGUUAUGCAGGAGGUCAGACUAGAAUUAUCAUAAUGGUCCCUUUUGGCCUUGAAGUCUAUGAAUCUAUGAAUGAUUCCUCACUGCCUGACACCAUUUAUAGUCACCUACACCAGCGCAAAGUAGGUGUAAAAUGCUAUCAAUGACAUGAAUGAGCAGAGAACUCUGUUCUGGUAGCAUUUCCUCCCAACUGGCUUUCAGUUUUCUCUGAGGUAAAUGACUACACAGGGUACAAGGCACUGGGUAUCAGACUUCUAGCUGGACUUUGUUUAAAUACAUUUUUUCACUGCGGACCAGAUCAUCAAUUGCUAUAAAUCAGCACUGCUUCAUUUAAGUAUACAGUAUACAGCAGCUGAAAGUCUGCUCCAACACGUUUUGAGUGCUCUCUAAAUUAUAUUGCAUUCAUUUGCCAGGAAAUUAUUUCUAAGAAAGUCACAAAACACCAGGAUUAUUCUUAGUACUCAUUAACAGAUAUACCUGAAUCUUAAAUAAGAAAGAAAGAAAUACACUGAAGUAAGGAGAAUGAUUUUAGAAUCCCAUAAUUUGAAAAUAUAGCUUAAAGCUAGGCAUACUAUUCAUAACUGCUUUUUUUUUUUUUUAGGAAUUCAAGGUAUUUGAACACUGCCCCAAUUCAGGACUUGUGAUUUUAAUGAAGAUCAGUGGUUUUCUCUGUAAGGUGUUGGACAGGCACUUGUCCUUCCAAAAGAUUCUGACUCCCACACUUAGCAGGAACAAACAUUAUAGGCCAAAUUUGCACAAGGUCUGGUCUACCUUAUGUCCUAACUGACCCUGAUAGGGAUUCUUCCCAUAGAAAAUCCUCCCUUAAAAGUGUCAGUCAAAGUCUAGUAUUUACUUUAGAUUAAGGAAAACAACACAACCAGAAAGAACAAAAAUAAAGUCUCCAUGAGAGAGGGCAGUGCAUGUCUCCUCUGAAAUAUGCUGUAUUAAUCCUGCCUCAUAAAAUGGCAGCUCCCCCUGCAGAGAGGGGCAUUCUGUAGAAAGUUAAAGGUGCCAGGCCCAGAAAGCAAAAUAAGGAGAGAUACAUGGCUACAUUCACCACAAGCAGGGUGGAGGCAUUCUUAGGGUGGUUAGGAGCUGAGUAGAUUCAUCAUAUCCCCUGGCAGCAUGUGCCAGCAGGAGAUUCCAUGGAGCCUACAAUGAACAAGGAGGCUGCUCUCAACUGAUGAAAACCCCAAGGGAGAGCAGACAGUGAUAUCACCAUCUGUUCUAACCUUGGGUUCAUCACCAGUGGGGAACAGUAGGCUUGUUUGGGACUGAAAAAAUGCAUCUUACCUAGCACAGACCAGUAUGACCUACUGCAUUUGUUUUUCCUCUGCAUCCCAUGUGAUCUGAAAGCAAGAAAGCCCCUCCCUUUUUCUUUCCCCAUAUCAGUCGGAUAGUUAACAAGUGAGGCACAUGCUUUGCUCUGAAAAGCCUAGAUUUAAAAAUCUGAAUUCCAAGGAGGAAAAAACCCCUCAAUAACAGUGCAUUUAUUGUAGGCCUAAAUCCACUAAUUAUUUGCUAAUGGAUCUCACAAUGCAUAAGUUGUCAGAAAGAGAUCCUGCAGCUCAUUGACCUACACGCCCAAAUGAGCAGAGUCACUAGUGUUGGGAACAAUUGCAAACCACGCUAGUGUAGUGGUUUUGUAAUCCUCUCUUCUGCUUAUAUGGGACUAAUCCUCAACACACCAUGAACCUUGAAUGUGUGUUUCAACCCCUUCCUCUCCAGUGUACCGUAUCUUUCUGAGAAUGCUUGAAAUCCCCAAUUUGACACUAACUCAUCCUACUCUCUCACUGAAUUUCAUCAAACAUACCGCCCACAUACCCAAAUCCCCCCCUUGUAUGACUUUGUCAUUUUAAUAACAUAUUUAGUCUUCUUUAUUCCUGCUGUGGAGAUGGCUAAAUGGCGUGGAAAUUACCCUGCAGAUGAAAUUCAAAUGACCCACCAGAGAUUGCAUCUCUUUUUAAUGUGACUUUCUUUGCCCUUGCUGCCCUUGCCACAAAAUCCUUCAAGCUCAGUCUCCAGCUUCAUAGGCACUAAUUAUAUUCUCACAGCAGCCAGAUUCUUGAUAGGUCAUCAUGUUUUUUAAUUUUUCUGCCACAAAAACUCCAAGUUCAUUAGCUAUGGACCAAGAACUCUGAUUAGUAUCCAGGUCUUGAGUAGCAAUAAAUUGGAAAUGAUCUUCCCCAGUAGCAUUGUUGCUAUUCCUAUUGCACCAACAAAGGGGAGAAAUAACUGUUUUUUUUUAAAUACACACCAAGCUGCAUCUGCCUGCAAGUUUAUGUUGUGCAUUAACUCACGAUGAUCUUUUCAGUCAUAAAACAAAGUCUAAUUGCCUGUGUGUAACUGUUAAAAACCUAAAUGGAGAUUCUACAGCGUGUGUAUGUAUCUGCCUCAGCCUUUAAAACUCAUUUCCGGGCAUGUCAUUAAGUAUAUAAGCCACUUGAUCUAAUAAAGCACAUAAUACUGAACAUAACUGAGGAUCAAUAAAAUCAGUAAGACUGGCCAUUAUGCAGAAAAGAUAGUGAUAAAUCAAUCAGUCUAGAUGCUCAUGAGACCCUAUUAGAAAUCGUCCCAAAUGAUGGCUCCAACAGCAUUUUGACAUCCCUUCCCCUUCCUUUUAACUCUUUGAUUUGUUUUCCCUGACGAUACAGAAAUACCCAGCUGCACAUCUGAACAUUAGUAUCUACCAGAAGCCCUGAUAAAGGAUCACAAAGACUAUCCCAAACCUUUAUACAGUAUAGCGAACAUUGGUCUCUUUAUCUGGGUGACUCAAUAACCAUGGCAACAUUAUCUAGGUUUGGCUUUGACAAGCCCAUCCAAUUUACUCUGGCGCUCACAUUAUCAUUUCCUCACCUACACAAACCUAGUUAUCACUGAAUGCAUUUCCCCCUCGUAUUUUUUAUCAUUUAUGCUGAAAUAUGCAGUUUUUUUCUAGCAAACUGUGUAUACCUUCUUCGCUAGCAGAACAAGCAGCAUUGCCCCAAGUCCCUUCCACCUCACUCCUCUAAAGGAGCCCCAACAAUUAGCACCUGAAUCACUGUCAUGAAUUGUAGAUAGAAGAGUCAUUGGCUUCCUUGCACUCCCGUCCUUUUCCUUUUGUUUAUUUUUUGGCUGUAAAAACUCUUCUAUGGAGGCCUGCAUGCUUUUGAAACUCCUAUUACAGCCUUAUCUGAAUCUUUAGGAUUCAACUACAUAAGCAGGAGAGAUAAAUACUCUUGAAACCCAAACAGACAAUUUUAGACUAUUUCCAAAGGAACGUCACCCACAACAGUCUUUAGCAAGGCCACGAAGUUGCAAGCAUUAUGUUAUCCUUAUUAAUUAAGUGCUGAUACUGAGCUUCGCUUUGUACAAGACACAGAUAAAGACACGGACCCUGCCAUGCUGAGCUUUAUAAUGUAAAAUCAAACUCUCAUUUACUGAUCAUAUCCUGAGUGCGUUCCACAGUGACUGAGUAACUUCUGAGACUUGAUCAACCUUUUCAGGGGUGUCAGAUAUAGUGAAGCUAGGAUACUUGAGUCCAUAUUUUUCAUCUAAUCCUUAAUGGAUCAACUUCACACUUAUUUACCCAUUCAGCCUAUUCUUAGACUGCACAGGCCCUUUCACUGAACCAGCUGAAAUCAUUACCAUUCUGGAGAUCUAUGAAGUAGGUGGAAAAGGAGAAUCUUCUUGUUUUGUUUGGGGGGAAGCCUUGGUAUUUUCUGAACCACUUUAAUCCAAGUCACUGUUUCAAUAAUGUUCAAUGAGAAAUACUAUGAAUUUAACAUUGCUGUAUAUUUAAUGUGUGCAGAGAAAUCUUUUUUCUUCCAUUUUCUGUGUGAAAAAUUGGCAUUCAUUCUUGAACUAUAGCAAUAAUGUGUAUUAUAAAUGCCAUUUUUCCUUCAUAAGUAAUAUCUAGUAAACCUUUGCCUUUAAAUAGGGUUUCAUCCUGUAAAUUUUUAAGCAAGAAAAUUCAAACUGAUAUCUUGGUAAUAAAAUUGCUAAGAAAUAUA